AUGCCCAAGACCAAACACAAGAAGCGCAACAGCGCUUCACCCGCAAAUCCCUAUGCGGACGCGGCGGCCAAAACCCAGGCUGCGCACAGCAUCUUCAAGAUGAACACAGACAUUGGCCAGCACGUUCUGAAGAACCCUGGCAUCGCUGAGCAGAUCGUCAACAAGGCCGACCUCAAGCAGAGCGAUAUCGUCCUCGAAAUCGGUCCCGGGACGGGCAACCUGACAGCCAAAAUCCUUGAGCAGGCGAAGAAAUGCAUUGCCGUCGAGCUGGACCCUCGAAUGGCAGCCGAAGUCACCAAGCGCUUCCAAUCAACGCCUGCACAAAAGCGUCUGGAGGUCAUUUUGGGCGAUGUGAUGAAGACUGAGCUGCCGUAUUUCGAUGUCUGCAUCAGCAACACGCCCUAUCAGAUUUCCUCCCCUCUGACCUUUAAAUUGCUGGCUACAUCUCCGGCGCCUCGUGUCUGCAUUCUCAUGUUUCAACGAGAAUUUGCGCUGCGUCUAUUUGCCAAACCUGGCGAUAAACUAUACAGUCGACUCUCCGUCAAUGCCCAAAUGUGGGCCAAGAUCGAUCACAUCAUGAAGGUCGGCAAGAACAACUUCAAACCUCCACCCAUGGUCGAGUCCAGCGUGAUCCGCAUGGUCCCCAAGAAUCCGCGACCACAGAUCAACUACGAGGAAUGGGAUGGUUUGUUGCGGAUUGCAUUCGUCCGCAAGAACAAGACCCUGCGGGCUAGUUUUAUCGGCACCGCCAGCAUCAUGAACAUGUUGGAAGCUAACUACCGCACAUGGUGUGCACAGAACGACAUCCCGGUCGAAGAUGGGCCGGCGGAUGCGGAUGGCGAUGCGAUGGAUACGGGCAACGAGCCGGAAGAAAUGGAGGCCGAGGAGGCCAUGGAGGUGGACGAAGACGAUGACGUGCCCGAUUUCUUCAAGGAGGAGACCAACGCCCGCCUUCAAGCUGCGCUCAAGAACCAGCCAGCGCGCAAGAAGCGGGGCAAGGUUGCGGAAUUGGUGCGUGAAAAAGUCCGUCAAGUCUUGGAGGAUGAAACAGGUCUGGCCGACAAGCGCGCGCGGAUGUGUGAUGAGAAUGAGUUCUUAAAGAUGCUGUGGGCGUUCAACCAGAAAGGGAUCCAUUUCAACUGA